AUGUCUGAGGUCAUCUCACGGCCAUCUGCCUCACGCGGCAGAGGCUCCGGUCGAGGCGGCAGAGGGGGUUUCGCCGGUCGAGGCGGCCGCAGGGCCAAUGGCGAUAAGACGGAUCACAAGACCGCCGACGACAACUUGGGCACCUUUGAGGAUGAGGGGGAGUUUGCCGAGCUUCGAAAGCAGUAUGGCGACAAGACCUCUGUGAUCCGAGAAAUGUUCCCCGACUGGUCUGAGGCCGACGUCCUCUAUGCUUUGAAGGAGACGAAUGGCGAUGAGACUGAGGCUGUGACACGAAUGGCUGAUGGCACCAUCUCCCAGUGGGGCGAAGUCUCCAAGACGAAGAAGACCGCUCGCACCAAGGCCAAGGACACAUCCUCCGCACCCGUCAGCGCUGACUUGCCAGUCGGCGCUCGAACUGCUCGUGGUGGACGUAAUGCUUCCGACGCAACUCGUGGUCGAGGCAGGGCUACCGACAGGGGUGGCCGUGGCGGACGUGCUCGAUCGACUCAUCCCACCAACGGAUCUCGCACCAAGGAAAACCAGCAGCUGUCUGUGCCUACCGAAGAGUCCUCCGCAUACAAAGACGACACGGCCAACGGCUUCGAAGAGAAGCCCGUGUCUGUUGAAAAGGCCAUCCCCGCCGAGCCCGUGAAGCCCGUUGCUCCCCAAGUCAAGACCUGGGCUAGCAUGCUUCGGCAGUCGACAGCUCCCAAGGUUGUGCCGGCACUUCCAAAGGAAAUCCCUGCUCCCAAGCCCGCCGAACCCGUAGAACCCGAACCCGUCCCCGAAAUCGCCCCUGUUGAACCUGAACCUGCCAAGCCCGAACCCGCAGCGGAACUCGAGGCCACUCCCGUUGUUGAGCAGGCCACUCCUGUCGUCCCCGCCGCCGCCGUCGAACCAGUUGCCGAGAUACAGCCCUCUCAAGAUGAGCUCACCGAGACCAAUCUCGAACAGGUUGUUGAUGUCUCUCAGCCACCCGCGACAGACACUGCCGCAAGCACUGCUGCUGACUCUUGGGACCCCCGACAGAGCCCUCCCAGCGCCAAUGCCACUCCCCUUUCAGCCGCUCAGCAACAACACCAAGCCCAGAGAGCCGCAACUAGCGGUUAUGCUGCUACUGCGCUGAAGGCUACCACUGAGAAGGUUGCACCCCGCACUCCCAGCUUCCAACGACGAGUUCUCGAUCAAGAAGAGGCUGUCCGCAUGCCGGGCAACCGUGAAGUGGAUCGCGCUGCUGUGCAGUUCGGUGCCUUCAACCUCGAAGACGACGAAGAUAUCGAUGGCGAGCGUGAGGAGGCAGAGACUCGAGCUCAGCCCCCAGCCGACUCGCCCGUUGCCGUUCCCAGAACUUCUCUUCCCCCGGCUUCUCAGCCUGUUGCUGUACCGGAAACCUAUGCUCCUAAACCCACGACUGCUCCUCCUCCUGGAAUGACACCUAUUGCCGCUGCCGCUACCUCAGUCCAGGCACCCAUCCCUUCCCGGCCCGCUCAACAGCAAAUCCCCAACGCUCAGCAAUUCGGUCGAUUCGGUCAGGCCGGUCCUCAGGACAUCUCGGCAGCUCAGCAGAAGCCGCUGGAUCCUUUCAACCAGGGCGCUCCCGCAUCUCAACCGCCGUUCGAUAACUUCGCGGCUCAAACUUCUCAACCCCCCGCGCAGCAGCCCGGUGCAGCCUUCACCUCGGCACCCAGUGACUACUCAGCCUACUACACCGCAAACCCUCAGGACCGAAACCCAUACGCCUUUUACGGCCAGCACUUUGGCCAGCAGGGAGCACACGCUCAACCGGAGGGUGUUUCCUCGCAACAGCGGCCCUUUGGAGGCUACAACGCCUCUCAAACCGAUAACCUAAGCCAGUACCCGCAGAGCGCUACUGGCCACAACCAGCCAAGAUUCGGCGGCAGCAACGAGAACCAGAACAGCGGCCACUCCACCCCCAACCCCGUCACUCAGGCUCAGCAGCAACAGCCGCAGCAACAGGGAGGCCCUGGUUCUCAGCCUCAGGCUCACGGGCAAUACCCCGGAUAUAGCCACCCAUACUACAGCAACCCCUACUACCACCAAUAUUACUCUGCUGGAUACGGCCAAGGAGGAUUCGGUCCGUAUGGCAAGGGUGCCAUUUAUGGACAGCCUUAUGGCAAUGCUCCGUAUGACCACACCUCUUCCCCCGGAACAUUUGGCCCCUCGUCCCUCCACAGAGAGAGCCCUCUUGGCUCCGGCCUUGGCGACUACGGCCGCGCUGGCUCUGGCCAGGCAGCCAGCCAGCCUGGCCUAGGAGGAAGCAGCUUCGGCAGCACCCACGACAGCUUCUCUCGAGGCGCCUCAUCCUUCCAGUCCCAAGGACAGUCAUUCAGCAGCCAGACACAGCCGAGCACCGGAUCUUCGGCCGAUGAGCUGAAGCCUUUUGGCGAGGCCAAGACCUCCUCUGGCCCCUCGCCCUCUCUUCCUCGGCCUGGCUCUGCCACGAACACGGCCCCCGGCGGACAAAGCGGUAGCCUCCCGCCUCCCCAGACGUCCCAGAUGGGCGGUGCCUAUGGUGGCUACCCAAGCCACUUGCAAGGCCACGGCCUCCACGGUAGCGGCGCAUACGGCAUGGGCGCCGGUGCCGGUGGCAACCAGCACAGCACCCCCUAUGGCUCUUACGGCCAGGGCGGUUUCGGCAGCGGAGGCUACUACAGCACCGGACAGCAGCAACAGCAGCAAGGCCAACAGCAGCAGCAACGCGGCGGCUGGGGCGGAAACUACCAUUAG